UAAUAUGCCAACCUCCAGUCUUUCAUCUCCGGCUAGUCCACUCCGAAAACAAGGUGUCCAAUCGUUCCGAAUCUACGCCUAACAUUUACAAAAACCAACCUUUUCAAUCUGACCAUCACCUCGAGUUCACCGUGUAUCGCAGGCCAGGAUGAUUGACAAACACAACGCGAAUAUGGAGGAAGAGAUCGUUGCCGACGACACCAUCGUCAUCGCUGGCGGAGGACCCGUGGGCCUCAUCCUAGCCACCGUCCUGGCCAAGUAUGGUCUGAAGUCCAUUAUCCUGGAGCGCAAUGAAUCUACAACCAGGUGGCCGAAGAUGGACCUCACCAAUGUUCGUUCGAUGGAACUGCUGCGGCGAUUAGACUUGGUGGAUGACAUUCGCAAAUUGGGAGUCCCAGAUACCACACCCUAUAAGGUCCUGAUAUUAUCUGGCCUGCACGCCCAAAAGCCCAUCACCACCUGGGAGUUUCCAUGCGUCAAGGAUCUCAAGCAGGAGAUUAGAGACAAAAAUGAAGGAAGCAUGCCGCUGGAACCGUGGCAGCGGAUAUCACAGGCCAUAUUUGAGAAGUAUCUCAAAGCUCGCUGCGAUGACAACCCUUUGCUCGAUUGCCGUUUCGGGUGGAGGGUCGUUAAGGCUGUCGAGACAGACUCCGGAGUCUAUGUCCACACCACAAAUGUCGCGAGUGGGGUGACAAAAACGAUACGGAGCACAUAUCUCGCUGCUUGCGACGGGGCCUCAAGCCGAGUGAGGCGGGAUAUUGGCAUCCCACUGGACGGUGGGCCUGUCCCAGGAUAUACCCUUCUCGUGCACUUCAAGUCGCGAGACCUGGACAAGUUGUUUAAACUCGGGCGGUUCUGGCAUCUGUUCAUCUGCAAUGAACACGGACUUGGCAGUGCGGCCAUUAGCCAAGACGACGAAUACAUCUUCACCACUCAUCUCCUGCUCCCCGUGGAUGUCGAUCACGAGAAAAUCGAUACCCACGAUGCCGUUUACCAAGCUCUUGGGGGUAUGGGUGGCCCUUUUAAAGUUGAGAUCGACGAGAUACUGGUAAGAUCCGCAUAUCGGCACAGUAUUGCCGUGGCGCGGGAUUAUCGCAGCAGACUAGGGAAAGUGUUUCUGGCUGGGGACUCGGCUCACCAAAACAUCCCUACCGGCGGGUAUGGAAUGAACAUGGGGAUUGGCGACGCAUUUGACUUGGGUUGGAAACUUGCCGCCACAAUCAGAGAAAAUCUUGGGCCGGGCCUGCUGGAUUCCUACCAACAAGAGCGGAGAGCGGUGGCAGCGACCAGCAUUCAACAAUCUGGCGUUCACAUGCAAACACAUCUUGCUCUCACAGAGUUCCUCGGCACAGAUCCCCAUCUCGUAGAUGAGGAUUCAGAGGCAGGACGCGCCUUGCGACGAAGGAUCCACGAGCACUACCAAGCCAAUAAGGGUGAGAACACUGACGUCGGCAUUGAAAUGGACCAUCGACACAAAUCCUGCGUCUACCCAACGCCGUCGGAGGGAGACGGUGUAGAGCCCCCCUGGUCUCCUAGCACCUAUGUCCCCAGCACGUUCAUCGGCUCGCGAGCGCCACAUGUGUACUUGAAAGAUGGAACCGCCAUUUUCGAUCUGUACGGCGAGUUCUGGACGCUGUUCGAGUUCUCCGACGAUCAUGAGGAGCCGGCGCAGUGCGAGAACCUGCUUGCGGCCGCAAAAGAAAGCGGCCUGCCGGUGAAACUUGUAGUGCUGCGCAACGAGGAAAACGCCCGCCGUGUCUGGCAGAGUCGACUUGUCCUGGUCCGUCCCGAUGGACAUGUAGCUUGGCGCGGCAAGGAUGCACCCAACACUAAGGAGGCCAAGCGUAUCAUGACCAUCAUCGCCGGUCACGAGCCCCUCCUGUCACAAUCCCAGAAGAGCUACGUCGGACCAGAGAUCAAGGUGCCAUUUGCGGCCACAGAGGGUGUAACAAGUCAAGUCGAGGAGUACCAUCUGGAACAGAUGGGUGUCAUGCAGCAGUGAGCUGGAUCAAACAGAGUCCCAAAUACACGAAGCAUAGCUGUAGAUCAUCCGGGUCGAGACGGGUCAAAGGAACGUAACGCGGAAUCUCCAGCAGAAGAUUUAUACUGCAUAGACAUCGUCGGUCAAAAAAUCCAUGAAAUUCAAGUUUGGGCCCUG